AUGAGUAGUGGUGGUAAGGAAUCACAUGUUCCUUCAGUCAUGGAUUUUUGCACUACGGUGGGUUCAAAACCCCCACUCCGGAGUAUGAAGACUUUUAACAAUAAACUCUUCUCAUCUGAAUCGGGAUCGGGGACUACUGGCGGUUCUCACAUUAUGAAGAUUAAUGGUUGCCUGGAGAGAUACAGUGAGAGAUCAAAGCUGGUUAUUCCUCUUGAAUUGAUUGUUGAAGACGUUGAGAAACUGGGUGCAGAGGACUUGGCGCCGGAAGGGGAAAUGGAGAUUAUGAUGUUGGAAAACAACUAUUUCAUGCUUACCUUCAACUGCAUGGAGGUUUGUAAUAGGGUCUUUGAGGGAGGUCCCUAUUUUUAUAAUCAGGUGGGGUUGUUCAUCAAGCCUUGGCAUGCAGGGUUUAACCCAUCGGAGGAGCUCCCAAACAAGGUUGUUGUGUGGGUUCAUUUGCCUUGUGUUCCUAUGGAAUGCUAUCGAGGGGAUGUGCUACGGAUGCUGGCUGCACUACUAGGGAAGCCAGUGGGAUCCUCAACGCAAACCCUAGGAAGAAAGGCAAUGGCUUUUUCUCGUAUUUGUGUUGAAAUUGAUCUUAGUAAACAUCUUCCAAAUGCUAUAGAUAUGAGUGUGGGCUCUUAUUCAUGGGUCCAGCAGCUAGAUUAUGAGACUUUACCUUUUCGUUGUCAUUUGUACCAUGAUUAUGGUCAUUUAUAG